AUGGCAAAUAGGCCAGCAACCGCAAGGCCAGCCACGGCAGCUCGUCCAGCGACUGCCAGGCCAGGCACCUCGUCCACUCGACCAACGACACGGGCAGCCAACCCGACCUCGACGCAACAUCAACCCUCCCACCCGGAUGGCUUAUGCCCGGGCAACGGACGCGUCGACAUCCAAUCCGAGGGCACCGCAGAGUAUCGCGGCGUGGACAACGCCCACUACUAUCAGCAGGGGAUCGACGAUCGCAUCUAUGCCGACUACGAUGAAGACGACGACGAGGAAGAUGACGACGACGCCGACGACGUCUUCGCAUUCGCGCCCCCGGGGACGGGCCAAGGUGUCGUCACGGUGGAGAACGUCACGGACUCGCGGAACCUCAGCGACGCCACCUUGCACCUGGGCCCGAGCCGCUUUUCGCCCGACGCCGACACGUUCAACGUCAGGUCGAGUGUCGCGGACAAGGAGCAGCUCUACUACGACGAAAAGCACGACGCCGUGUACGAUGGCCAAGAAAGGCCGAUCAAGGGAGCCGACGAAGCGGCCACAGCGGCCACCUUCGUGAUGCACGCAGGCCAGUAUCCGGGGCGUGACGAUGGGCGACAUCCGAGCGGAGAAUACUGGCUUCAGGACGGCUCCGUCGCUGCCUCGCACGACAUGUGGGGACCGCUCGCGCAGGAAGACGCGAUGCCCAAUGGCCACAUCCAUCCCCGUGACCUUGGCUACACUGGGACGUCGUUGAGACCGGAGACGGUGCACCACCUGGAAUACCGCCCAGGCAAGCCAUCUCCACAGCAUGAAGCUCUGGGCGCCGGGUUCGACAGCGUCGAUUUGCUCAAGGCAAUUCAAAAUCCGGCGGAUUCCAAGGUCAUCGAGCUCGAGCUCGAGUCCGAGGAGGAUUCUCCAUACGCCGAGGUGCGAGCAUCAGUCUCCAACGUCGAUGACCCCGAGAUGCCGGCCAUCACAUUCCGCUCCGUCUUCCUCGGCCUCGUGCUGAGUGCCCUCAUCUCGGGCGCCAACACGCUGCUGGCGAUGCGCAACCCUCCGGUACAAAUCACCGGCAUCAUCGUCCUGUUGUGCUCGCAUCCGCUCGGAAAGCUGCUCGCCGCCGUGUUGCCCUACCGUGCCUUUCGGGCGCCACGGUGGCUCGGAGGCUUCAGCUUCUCGCUCAACCCCGGCCUCUGGAACAUCAAGGAACACACUGUCGUCAAUAUCCUGACCAGCUGCAGCGUCAGCAUGCCGUACCCGCUGCCGCUGCUGCUGACGCAGGACCUCCCGCGCUUCUGGAACUCGCCGCGGUCGCUGAUGUUCUCGUUUCUCUUCAUCUGCGCGCCGCGGCUGAUCGGGCUGGCGUAUGCGGGCCUGUCGAGGGGCCUGCUGAUCCGGCCGGCCUCGAUGAUGUGGCCGCAGAACCUGGCCACCACGACCAUCCUCAACACGCUGCAUGCCGAAGACGAGCCCGAGGACGGCAGCAUGAAGCGGAUCCACUUCUUCGGCAUCGUGUCGGUGGCGGCGUUUGUGGCCUACUUCUUCCCCGGCUACAUCUUUGUGGCGCUCUCCUACUUCAACUGGGUCUGCUGGAUCUGGCCGAACAACGUUCCCGUCAACACCGUCUUUGGCGUCGCCUCGGGUCUUGGCGCCAGCGUCAUCUCGUUUGACUGGACCCAGAUCAGCUUGAUCGCCCACCCGCUCGUGACGCCGUGGUGGGCCCAGGUGAAUCUGAUGGGCGGCUUCGUCGUCGGCCUCUGGAUCGCGGCGCCGGCGCUCUACUUCACCAACACGUGGUACACGGGCUACUUUCCCAUCCUGUCCGGCGCGACCUACGAUCGGUACGCCCAGAUCUACGACGUGCAGAGGGUCUCGAAGGACCACAAGGUGCUCGACCGCGACGCCUACGAGGCCUACUCGCCCAUCUACAUCUCGGCGGGGCUGAUUGUGACGUACACGGCGGGCUUUGCGCUCCUCACGGCCUCGAUCGUCCACACGGGCCUGCACCAUGGCAAGAUGCUCUGGUCCAACGUGCGGUACGGCGCCACCGAGGAGGACGACGUGCACGCCAAGCUGAUGCGGCGCUACCGGCAGAUCCCGACGUGGUGCAACCUGGCGCUCCUCGGCGUCGGUUCGGUCCUCUGCGUCGUCCUGGUGAGCUGCUACGACACGAGCAUGCCCGUGUGGACGCUGGUGCUGGCGCUGCUGGUGCCGGCAUUCUACCAGGUGCCGUUCGGCGCCAUCCUGGCCAUGACGGGCCUCUCGCUCACCGUCAACCUGCUUGCCGAGCUGGUGGCGUCGUACGUGGUGCCGCACCGGGCCAUGGCCAUCAUGACGUUCAAGACGAUUUCGCAGCACACGAUGGGCUCGGCGCUGCUGCUGACGCAGGACCAGAAGCUGGCGCACUACAUGAAGAUUGCGCCGCUGCAGAUGCUGGGCGUGCAGGUGGUCGGCAUCGCCUUCAACAGCCUCGUCCAGGCGCUCACCAAGAACUGGAUGGUGCACAACAUCGCCGACCUGUGCGCCCCCGACCAGCGCGACCACUUCACGUGCACCUCGGCCAGCGUCUUUUACACGGCCUCCGUCAUCUGGGGCAUGAUUGGGCCGCAGCGCACCUUUGGACCGGGAUCCAUCUACCACCCGCUCUACUUUGGUCUGCUGGCGGGCGCCGUGGCGCCCGUCGUCGUGUGGUGGCUGGCCAAGCGGUUCCCGCGCACCCGCCUCCGCUUCCUCACCACGCCCAUCAUCAUCACGGGCAUGCAGUACGCCCCGCCGGCGCAGGGCAUCAACUUUACCUCGUGGUUCGCCGUCGGCUUCCUGUUUCAGUACCUCAUCCGCCGAAAGGCGUUUGGGUGGUGGUCGAGGUACAACUUUGUCACGGCCGGCGCCCUCGACUUUGGCACCAUCCUCUCGUCGCUCCUCAUCUUUUUCGCCCUGCAGCUGCCCAAGGACGGCAACCUGGCCAUAAAGUGGUGGGGCAACGAAAUCUUCCAGAACACGGCAGACUACCAGGGUCAGCCGCUGCUCCAACCGCCUCCCGGCGGCUUUGGACCGUUGCCCAGGUUCUAA